AUGACGGUCGCCCCUAAGCGCGGAAGAAAGCCGAUACGCGAAUCGUUGCCCCAAUACCGUUCUGGUUCCAGGCAGUCAGCAUCGACUCCAGCAAAUCCCCUAACGAGAACCAACAUCACGAGGAAUCAGGAUACGGACACACUUUCUGCCCUAGUCCUACCUCGUUCCAUGGACCGACCACUUAACCCUGUGCCGACGACCUUGUCGUCCACAUCCUUAUCGAGAAUACCAGACUUCAGGCUCAACGGCUCCUACUCCCAUCUAAGAAGUGACUCGGGCCUGGCACUGCACACAAAUCAAGCAGCAUUUCGCCAGUACACGGACUACAACUCGGAUGGCUCACUCACGUACCGGCCUUCCCCUCCUAUGGCGAUUAGCUUGUAUGAGGUCGACAGCAUCGAGGAAGUGCCCACAAAACCACCACCGGCAGUUACCAAGGUUCUACCUCCAUUCUUCGACCCCGCCAUGGUUAAACUUGCCUUCUCCGAUCCGAUAACCGAGCAAAGAAUCCGCAGGUUUGCAGAGAUCAGGCAUGGUUCAGCAGACCUCGAGUUCUUACUACAGGUGGAAAGGUGUUCUCAGACCCUGGGUGAUAUGGUCUCCUUGAUGACCUCCAUAUCAUCCAAGACAUUCACCGGAGCAGCCGCCUCGCCAAUCCCAUCAUCGUCACUCGCCCUGUCCCCGGAUGUGGCCAGCACUCUCAAGUCCAACACAAAGCAGUGCGCCAGAACGGCCCUGCCGGUGUUGAGCAAGCUGUACGAUGAUACCAAGGCGGCUGUUGAGGAACGGUUGGCCCGUGACGUCUACCCAGAGUUCGUCAAGUAUCAGCUCGCUCAGCGCAUGACAGCAUUGUUGUCGGCGAACAGCGCUUCUUCUGCCGAAAUCAAGUCGGUAUACCCUGGUCUUGGUGAUGCUUUCUGCAUGACCGACCCCCUUCAGCCAGACAACCCCGUCGUUUACGUGUCGGACGGUUUACUGGACAUGACCGGCUAUCGGCGCAAUGCAAUCACCAAGAAAAAUAGCAGGCUGCUUCAGGGUGUCGCGACUGACCCGCUCGCUGCACAGAGGGUCAGCAAUGCCAUCUCGACCAGGAGAGAAGUGGUUGAACUGAUGGUGAACUAUCAAUCUGAUGGCACUCCCUUUUGGAACUUGCUUUUUAUCUGUCCUCUGAUGGAGCGUGGAGUCAUCCGCUACUUCCUCGGAGCCCAGAUCAAUGUUUCCGACAGUAUGGGCACCGAGUUCAAGGACGUCAUGGAGCUUCUCAAGUACGGUGCAUCAGCAGACGUCUGUUCAACGAGUUCGAAACCCCAAGACUCUGGAACCCAAGAGGCUCAAUCCAGUUCUGGUCUGGAAGACCUGUCCAGAUUAGAUUCAAAACCACCCUCGCGCCGUCAGCGCUUGUUCCAGCGCUUUCGCCGGAAGUCGCAUGGCUCCCGCUCUAACUCCCCGUCUCGUGCAGCCUGCGAGUCGGGUUCUUCCGUUCAGUCUUUGUUACACUUUUUUCCCGACAGUCAGCACCAGCUCGACGAAUACAGUACACCCUACUCCUGUUUCCUGGUCAUGCGCUAUGAAGCCUCGUCUCCCGCUCAGCGAACCCAAAACCAGGCCCACAAUCAUCAUAACCGUCGUGUUCUGACUCGAGAUCCUCCAGCAUCGUCUCGAGUGCACCUGCCAGUCGCCUUCUGCUCGCAGCACGCCCGAAGGUUGCUGAUGAACAACGGAAACGGCAACUCCAGUGGGAACGGAAGCAGGCACAAAAAGCACCAUCAUCAGCAUUCCAGAGGCGAUGAGCACGAUGAAGUUCUCGGGCACGAGGUAUUCUCCAUCCUUACGAACACCCUCAACUCCCCCAGCAUCACCCGGUUUUUCAAGGCCAACAUUCUGAGUAAAAUGGCAGACGGAGAAGCAACAUCUCUGGACCUGAUGAUCCAUUGCGACCCCGGAACUUCAGCAGCCGCUCACUCUCCUCCCUCCCCGCUAUCCCCCACCACGGUAAUUGGACCGGGCCCUUCCGAGAACAAAACAACGACAGCAGUUUCGGGAAGUUCUAAUGUUUGUGGUUCUUGCCUCGCUCCUCCUUCCCCUCUCAAAGCUGUCGUCAAUUUUUCGAGGAAGGGAUCUGCCCCGGUGACAUCGUCUUCUACGCAAGUGGUGCUGAAUGAAGGCACUGGGAGUGGGGGUGGGACUUGUGAGCGUGCGGAAGGACGGCCCAGGCUUAGCGAAACGCUUGACCGAGGCGCAGGGCUGGUGAGUCAGGUGUUGUUUGGUCCGGGAAGGAUGAGGCGAAUGGUUAGCACCUGGGUGCCGCUGAAAGGUGCGGAGGGAGAGGUCAAGUGGGUUGUUUUAGUUUUGACUACAGCUGGAACCCCGAAAUGA